AUGAAGAAGCAGCAGAUGCAACAGAAGGCCCGCGAAAAAGAAGAGAAAAAGAGGGUGGAGAAAGAAAAAAAGAGGGAGAAAAAGAGGGCAGAGGAGUUGAAAAAGAUUGAGAAACAGAGGAUGGAGGAGGAGAAGAACAGGGAAAAGGAGAGAAUGAAGGUGCUGGAGAUGCAGCAAAGGCACAAGAGAAAGAAGAGAAAAGGAGGAAGGAGGAGAAGAAAAGGAGAUUGA